GGUCACUUGGAAAGAGCCGAGGGGGCCAGCUCUUCCUUCCUUCUUUCGCCGUCGUCGUCGUCGUCUGCUUUCCAUUUGAGGAGCGUAACGCCGUGACGGAAGACUGUUCGCUUUCCCAAAGCAUUUCAACAACAUGACCUCCAAUUCCAGCUUAUCCAGCAUGCGGCGACUAGUGGAGCAGCUGAAGCUGGAGGCCAGCGUGGAGAGGAUCAAGGUGUCGCAGGCAGCUGCGGAGCUGCAGCAGUUUUGUCUUCAGAACGCAGGCAGGGACGCUUUGCUGGUGGGCGUCCCCGCAGGAAGCAACCCCUUCCGAGAGCCGCGGUCCUGCACGGUGGUGUGACGUCUGUUGGGAGAGGAAAAUUGUCCACUCGGAAGGAACACCGGGCUGCAUUGGAAGCGUCAUCGCAGUUGGAAUGUUAAUAAACAACAACAACAAUAGCAACAACAGCAAAACCACUGCCCAUUUUGCAGUGGGAGAAUGAACGUACAAGAGAAGCACUCGAAGGUCCCAAGAUUGUAUACAUUUUUUAAAAAUAUAAGAUUAAAAAAAAAUUUAUAUAUAUAUCUAUAUAUAUAUAUAUAGAUACUGUAUAUAUAAUUUUUUUUAAUGACAUUUUUUGCAUGAAAAAGUGUCUUAGCAAAGACUCUGAUAUUAUUCAACGGUGAUGGGUUAUGCAAGGGUUUUUCGGAGGGAUUAAAUGUUUGUUGCUUGGCAGAAUGCACUGGGCUGAAUCCUAACUGCCCCUGUGAAUUGCGAUUAUUUGCUUUUCAUUGGACUGCAAUGAAUGCCAGAUGUAGAUGACUUGGACCUCUGCCAAUGAAAAGUAUGUAUCGCCAUCUCAAACAAAAAUGUAACCAAAACAUUUCAUAGGUUUUCAUUUGUAUCUCCAAAUUGUUCCCUUGUUGCUGGGUUGAAUUGGGACUCAAGAAAAAAUGCCGUGAAGGCCAGUGAACAUUUUGGCAUUUGUUGGAGUAAAUAAAAACUUAAAGAUAUAA